GGUGAUCGAAGACCGCCCAUCGUAUCGCUCCUCCCAAAACCCUAGCCAUGACGAUUGUGAAGUCUCUUCGCAGCACGAUUUGUGUGCACUCUCUCGCGCCGGACCGCCAUCCCUCGCCCUCGUGCGGGUUCUUACUCCGCCUCGCCACGAUGGCUCGCGGUUUGAAGAAGCAUUUGAAGAGGCUCAAUGCGCCCAGGCACUGGAUGCUUGACAAGUUGGGUGGUGCCUUUGCCCCCAAGCCAUCUCCUGGACCACACAAGGAGAGAGAAUGCUUGCCUCUGGUGGUUAUGCUGAGGAAUAGGCUGAAGUAUGCGUUGACCUACCGUGAAGUUGUUGCUAUUGUCAUGCAACGCCUUAUUUCCAUUGAUGGCAAGGUCCGUACUGACAAGUGCUACCCAGCAGGGUUCAUGGAUGUGAUAUCCAUUGCCAAGACGAACGAGAACUUCCGGUUGUUGUAUGACAACAAAGGUCGUUUCACCCUGCACAACAUCAGCGCCGAAGAAGCCAAGUACAAGCUGUGCAAGGUCAGGUCUGCUCAGUUUGGAGACAAGGGCGUACCACACAUUACCACUUUCGAUGGCCGGACCAUUAGGUACCCGGACCCCCUUAUCAAGGCCAACGAUACUGUCAAGAUCAAUCUUGAGACUGGAAAGGUUGUUGAGUUCAUCAAGUUCGAUAUUGGCAACAUUGUUAUGGUGACUGGAGGGCGUAACAGAGGGCGUAUUGGUGUGAUUCAACAUCGUGAGAAGCACAAAGGAAGUUUUGACAUCAUCCACGUAACUGAUGCAACUGGACAGCAGUUUGCCACCCGCAUGGGGAAUGUGUUCACUGUUGGUCAGGGCACCAAGCCCUGGAUCACCCUACCUCGUGGCAAGGGUAUCAAGCUUUCAAUUGUGGAGGAGGCUAAGAAGCGAGGUCAAGCUCUCAAGGCUGCUGCCUAAAUGUAGUUUGAGUUUCACUGUGACUAGUGUUAUCAUCUCAUAGCGGAGCUAUGUGUAUGGUCAUUGGUAAGAAAGUCAUAUUUUUUAUUCUUCAGAAUUUUCCCUACUGACCUUCUGUCUUCGCGCAUUGUUCAUUUUUGAUUAAUUGGCAAAACAAUGUCUUAUUUCGUCGCAUAUUCCACCAGAGUUUAUUUGGGGAAACUCCUCUACGGUUUA